GAAACUGUAUGAUUGAAUCACCUGACUGUGACGUUCGUUUCUGAGGCAACAUGGCCGCCGCCGGCAGAAUGAGCGUUGACGGAGGAGAUAUGAUGCGCUAUGCUGAAUAUUCUCCUAAAACCGACGCUAGGAGCGACGCAGAUAUAGACAGACGUCUGGGAGGGACUCUGAUCGCAGUCGGUCUCGGUGUUGCUGCUGCAGGUUUUGCCGGCCGCUAUGCAUUCCAGCUGUGGAAGCCUCUGGGGCAGGUCUUCUCUGAAACCGUCAGGAAGAUGCCCUCAUCGGCUUUCUCGCCAUAUUACAAAGGAGGUUUUGAGCAAAAGAUGUCCAAGCGAGAGGCCAGCCUUGUUCUUGGCAUCAGCCCCGUCACCACUAAGGCCAAGGUACGCGACGCCCAUCGGAGGAUCAUGGUCCUGAACCAUCCAGACAAGGGUGGGUCUCCAUAUCUGGCCGCUAAGAUCAAUGAGGCCAAAGACCUUUUCGACAAGGAGAACCGCAGAUGACCUGCACCCAACGUCACUUCAUUGUAACUUAUAACUGUCAGAGGGAAGGAUCUUCAAAUGACUUGACCUAUUCCCAUAAACUCCUAUCUAAUAGAUUAGGUAUUCAAGUUUAAAUGUAUUUAAGGAGCGGGACCAUGUCGCGUUAAAAUAAUUCCAUGUUUGAGCAGUUGGUGAAACUUUUUUUUUAAAUAUAAUUAUAAUAAAGUUAUUUGAAAACAUCA